CCCGGAAGGACUUAGUGUGUGUUUUUCUGUUCGACACAAACACGUGGGGGGAAGUUAUCGUGUGACACAGUUCACCAACAUGGCUGAGUGCAAUGUGGACGAGCUGUUAGCCAAAGCGCAACAGGACGAGGCGGAGAAGCUGCGGAGUAUUACCGUCCACAAGGAGCUGGAUCUGGAGUUCGACGUCGGGAACCUACUGGCUAUCGACAACAACCGCAUCGAAACGCGUGACUUUAAGGGGCAGAAUAAGGAGGAGUUCCUACGGUCGUUAGCUCGAGACAACACACAACUCCUGAUCAACGAGAUCUGGAAGCUCCCCACGGAGAGAGUAGAGGAGGUGAUCGUGGCCAAACUACCGGAGCCGACGACACUGCUGCCCAGAGAGAAACGUCCACCUAAGGCCAAACCUGCGACCAAAUGGGAGCAAUUCGCCAAACUGAAGGGUAUCCAGAAGAAGAAGAAGACAAACCUGGUGUGGGAUGAAAAUGCCAAGGAAUGGAGGAGGCGCUGGGGGUACAAGAGAGUAAAGGAUGACACCAAAGAGUGGCUGAUCGAAGUACCGGAGAACGCCGAUCCAAACGAGGACCAGUUCGCCAAACGCGUCACAGCCAAGAAGGAGAGAGUGGCCAAGAAUGAGCUGAACCGGCUGAGGAACAUCGCCAGGUCGCAGAAGGGCAAAGUUCCUGGUGUGGGUCUGACCCCCACAGCUCAGCAGUCCAAAGACGACCUGGGCAGAGCCGUGACUGUGGCCAAGACCUCCACGGCCUCCAUGGGGAGGUUCCAGGACCGGCUGCCUAAGGAGAAACCAGCUAAGAACAUGGGCAAGAAGAGGAAGUUCGAGCCCCUCAUCGGUGACUUCUCCAACGAGAGGCAGAAGCAGCUGGAGCUCCUGAAAGUCCUGGGCAACAAAACGCCCAAACUGGACAUCACCAAGGCUGUGAACAAACAGAUGAGGGAGGAGGACAGGGAGGAGGCAGCCGCCAAAUACAGGAAAGGAGCAGGGAAGAAAGGACGCAAGGGCAACAAUAUGUCAGGGAAGGGCAAAGGGAAGGGUGGGAAAGGUAAAGGAGUUAAGGGCAAAGGUGGUAAACCAGGAGGAGGAGGAGGAGGAGGGGGAGGAGGAAAGAAGAGGUCAAAAGCUGGGAAGCACUAAGGACUUUGUUGAACUCUGGUUAAAAUUUCACCAUAUAAUAAAAACACAGAUUCACCCUUUUGAUAAUGUCAUCAGCAUCGUUGUUCAGAAUGUUGUCGUGUCAAUUACCUAUAUUAUGGACUUCUGAUCAAUAUAAUAAUAAUCUGUGUGUGGUUCCAUAUCACUAGGACAGAUUUAAAGUUGUAUUGUGAGUUAUUUUUACAUUAAAAUGUCUCAGCAACACGGGCCUGUCGUCAGAGCCGUUUCUCAAACCAGACCUUUAUGACCUUGGCUCAGAACUGUGAAAAAGUUAAUUUAAAAAAAAAAAAACAGUUACAGUCCUGUUACUACAAAUCAAACUCAGGUUAUCAUGUUUAUCCUAAAACUUUUUGAUCCACCAAUAAAUCUAUAGUUUUUUUUGAUAAA